AUGUCGAGGUUGGGGACUUUCAGGGCUAUCUAUCUUGUGGCUCUCAGUUGCAUUGGCUCAUUCCUGUUUGCCUACGAUACCGGUAUCGUCGGCGGUAUCCUCACCCUCCAGUCUUUCCAAACCGACAUGAAGUAUUCUGCCAAGCACAAGUCGACUGUCAGUUCUAACGCGGCAAGUCUUCUGCAAGCCGGCGCCUUCUUCGCCUGCUUUUUCGUGUGGCCAUUUACAGCACGUCUCGGUCGCCGCUGGUCAAUUGCUCUAGCCUCGCUGAUAUUUUGCAUCGGUUGCAUUCUUCAGCUGGUCAAGGUGAACGGUUUGGGGGCCUUCUAUGCUGGGCGAACCAUCAGUGGGGUGGGUGUUGGCAUGGCUACCGUAAUUAUACCCAUGUACAGCGCGGAAAUGGCCCCGAAACAGAUUCGCGGAGCUCUGGGGAGCAUGUUCCAGUUCUUUUUCACUCUUGGAGUUAUGACAUCCUACUGGAUGGACUACGGAGUGUCGCAAGACCUGCCGGCAUCCUCAAAACAAUGGCGAAUUCCCAUCGGACUCCAGCUGGUUCCCGGAGGUCUCCUCGGACUCGGUAUGCUCCUCACUAAGGAAAGCGUGAGGUGGCUUGCAAAGCGCGGCCGCCAUGAAGAAGCGAUGGCUUCUCUUGUGUGGGUAAGGGGAGAGAACACAGUUGAAACAAAGGAAGAGUUCGCCGAAAUCGUUGCUGGGAUCCGAGAAGAGGAACACAUCACAGAGGGUGUCACAUGGAAAGAGUGUCUCUUACCUGCCAACCGCUUUCGCGUGUUGAUUGUUAUUACUCUCCAAAUUGGGGUCCAAUUGACCGGGAAUACCUCGCUUGCAUACUUUGCUCCUCAGGUGUUCACCGCCGUUGGGGCAGGACACCAAGCCCUUCUGAUUAGUGGCUUCUUCGGCGUCGUCAAGGUGGUGUCCUGCCUAUUCUUCCUCCUCUUUUUGGUCGAGAGAAUUGGCCGAAAGUGGUCCCUCCUUUUAGGCGCCUUCUUAAUGGGUACCUACAUGCUUAUUAUAGCGAUCUUGACCGCGACCCAUCCUCCCAAGGCUGGUGUAGGCCUGACAAGCACGGCGGUCGCCUCUUUGACCAUGAUCUACUUGGAAGCUAUGACCUACAAUUGCUCUUGGGGACCGGUAUCUUGGCUAUACAUGAGCGAGAUCUUUCCUACUCGUCUCCGUGAAGGUGGGAUCGCGAUAGGCACAGCAACUCAGUGGCUCUUCAACUUCGUCUUCUCCCAGAUAACCCCUCAUGCAGUCAACAACCUAGGCUGGAGGACAUUCUUAAUGUUCGCCAUCUUCAAUUGGUCCUUGGUCGCCUAUUCCUGGUUCUUUAUCAAAGAGACGAAAGGAAAGUCUCUCGAAGAGAUGGAAAUCGUUUUCAAUUCAACCCAGGCUAUUGACUUUGAAGGGGUGCGCAAGCAGGUGCGCCAACAGAUCACGCAUGACGAUAAAGCGACUGUGGAGCUGAAAGAAGCAUAA